GCAUGGGCACGAGGGAGGAGAGAAUGGUGUGCGCUUGCGCGUGCGCAGCCACCGAUGCAGCAAGCGCCCGUGAGCGGCCCAGCCUAUUAUUACUGCUGACGUCCUUCUCCCUCCCCGUUUCUCUUGUCGCUCCGUGGGUUUUUUCAGAAGGAGAGGGAGACAGUUUUCUUACGUCUUCUUCGCGAAAAAAACAAAUGUUUCGGGUGAGAGACGUUGCGUUCGGCCGCUGCUCACUUGACCCACUUUUCAUUAAUCGCGAAAGCAGUUGGAACCAACGCGAAUGAGACGAAUCGAGGCUGAGAGACGAGCCGGAGACUGACUGGAACGCUCUGCACAUCCGCCGCUUUCACCAAUUCAACCGCUAUUUGCCUUUUAUUUUUUUACCCGUCCGCACAUCUCUUGGUGUCUUGAAAUGCCGACUCACACUGUCCCUGGUUCCGUGUCAGGGACUACUUUUUCCGUAGGAGCCGCGGUUAACGAAUGUCACCCAGAACAAUCACAUUAGCUAGCUAACGGGAAACCAGAAACUCCCCCUUCACCCCCCGCCCCACCUCAACUCAACCCGUCGUGGUCGCUCAGAGCCCACGGCUGGCUUUUAAACCCUCGCCGGUUGCUUCAAUGGUGGAGUUUUCUUUCUCUUCCCAACACGAGACCGAUGCAGCGGAACGUCAACCGACGCCCACCGGGGUUGAUUUCUCCAGCGAGCCAGCGAGCCUCCCCCGGAAUGCAUGCCUCCCUGUCGGCCAGCCGAUCGGAGAAGGGCACCGGAUGGUCGAGCCGCUCGCUGGGAGCUCGAUGCCGCAACUCCAUCGCAUUGUGCUCGGACGAGCAGCCGCACAUCGGAAACUACCGGCUGCUCAAAACCAUCGGCAAGGGCAACUUCGCCAAGGUCAAGCUGGCACGCCACAUACUGACCGGUAGAGAGGUUGCAAUAAAGAUCAUCGAUAAAACACAACUCAACCCAACCAGCCUCCAGAAGCUGUUUCGAGAGGUACGCAUCAUGAAAACUCUCCACCAUCCCAACAUAGUGCAGUUGUUUGAGGUGAUUGAGACUGAGAAGACCCUUUACCUGAUCAUGGAGUACGCCAGUGGAGGCGAAGUGUUCGACUACCUCGUGGCUCACGGCAGAAUGAAGGAGAAAGAGGCCAGAGCCAAGUUCAGACAGAUUGUCUCGGCGGUGCACUACUGUCAUCUGAAGAACAUUGUUCACAGAGACUUGAAGGCGGAGAACUUGCUACUAGACGCCGACGCCAACAUCAAAAUAGCCGACUUUGGCUUCAGUAACGAGUUCACUGAGGGCAGUAAACUGGACACGUUCUGCGGCUCGCCGCCCUACGCGGCCCCAGAGCUCUUCCAGGGGAAGAAGUACGACGGUCCGGAGGUGGACAUCUGGAGCCUGGGCGUCAUCUUGUACACACUGGUCAGCGGGUCCUUGCCCUUUGAUGGACAGAACCUCAAGGAGCUGCGUGAGCGUGUUUUGAGGGGGAAAUACCGCGUGCCCUUCUACAUGUCCACCGACUGCGAGGGAAUCCUGCGCCGCUUCCUGGUCCUCAACCCUGCCAAGCGGUCCUCGCUGGAGCAAAUAAUGAAUGAUAAGUGGAUCAAUAUCGGCUAUGACGGCGAGGAUCUGAAGCCCCACAUGGAGCCUGUCGAGGACUUAAACAACACCAGCCACAUCGAUGUGAUGGUUGGGAUGGGAUUCACCAGAGAUGAGAUCAGAGACUCGCUGUCUGGCCAGAAGUAUAACGAGGUCACCGCCACAUACCUGCUGCUGGGACGCAAGAACGAGACGGAACGCAGCGAGUCUCGAUCAGGCAGCAGUCUGAGUCUAGCUCGCGUCCGAGCCAGCACCACCACUAACGGAACCAGCAAACACACCGCUCCCAUCUCCUCCUCUUCCUCCUCAUCUGCCACGCCUUCUUCCUCCACUGGCCACAAGGCACAGCGCAGCACCUCCACCUACCACCGCCAGAGGCGACACUCCGACUUCUGCGGUCCGGCUGUUCCAGGGUCCACGCAACCCAAGCGGAGCCCCAGUCGCAUAGGCGUAGGCGAUGGGGCGGGGCUUAAGGAGGAGAGGCUGCCGAGCCGCAAGCCGAGCACCAGCAUCGUUGGCUCACGUAGCAUCCCGACCCCCUCUAGUCCCAUGGUUAGCUCCGCCCACAACCCAAACAAGGCAGAGAUACCCGACCGGCGCAAGGAAGCCACCGCGACCACGAAUAACAUCCCCGCCAGUGCCAUGACUCGAAGGAACACGUACGUGUGCACGGACCGGUCCAGCACCGACAGGCAGUCAAUGCUGCAAAAUGGCAAGGAGAACAGUUCCAUAUCCCACCGCCUGCCCCCCGCCUCCCCCUCCACCCAAAGCAUCGGCGGUGCCUCCGGGGCCUCCUCGUCCUCUACGCCCUCCUCCCGCCUCUCCAGGGUCUCCACAGUGAGGAGCACUUUCCACGGCGGGCAGAUCCGAGACCGCCGCCCCCCCUCCCAUGCUCCCUCGGCAUCCCCAACGCUGUCUCACGACGCCACCCCGCUGCCGCACGCCAGGACCCGGACCACGACCAACCUGCUCAGCAAGCUCACCUCCAAGUUGACCCGCAGGGUCUCUCUUGACCCUUCUAAACGUCAGAGCUCAAACAAGUCCAUGUCGGGCUGCACCCUCCCACAGGGGACAAAAACAGUUAACGAACCUGAGAGAAUCAGCAGAUCUCCGGUCACAAGUCGCCAUCUAUCUGGGCAUCAGAAAGCGGCCGAGCCCCGGACCCCCCGAUGCGGCUGGGAUGUGAGGGUGAGGAGCCCACGAGACCCGGCCGAGGUGGUGCUGGCGCUGCGCGAGGCGGCGCAGGGCUGCGGCUGCCAGGUCCACCUUGCCGGGCCGUUCCUCCUGUCCUGCACCCACGGAGCGGCCGGCGCCCGCGUGGCCUUCGAGGCCGAGGUCUGCCAGCUGCCCAGCGGGCUGGGCCAGAGCAGCGGUGUGAGAUUCAAGCGCCUGUGGGGGGCGCCGCUGGCCUUUAGAGACAUCGCCACCAAAGUGUCCAAGGAGCUGGAGCUCUGAGGGGAAACGGGAGGUGUGGCAGAUUGAUCACCCACAGGACAGAAUGAUGAAUGAGGAGGAGGUGGAGGAACAAUGAGGAAGACAACAGUGCCUCCUCCCAUUUCUCUUCCUCCCCCAGGGCUCCACCUCCUUCUGAUGCGGCCAGCGAUGCCUUGCCCCCGCCAAAGACCCUCCUCUUCUGAUGCCAACAAUCACAGCCAGAACAAACGGAUGCACAGACACGGAUGGACUGCCGUUGGCAGACUUGCUGAUGACCCCUUGACCUUGGAGCUGUCAGUGACCUAUGACCCCUGCUUGAAAUGCACCGCCACCUCCAUACUAUGAGAGCCCAUGGAGUCAGGUUGUUUAUUUUAAUUGUGUUCACAAUUUCAUGUUUGAUGAUAAGGAUGGUGUUGCUGAGCGAUGGAGAUCGAUAAUUUGUUGUUGUUGUCAUUGUUAUUCCUAUUGUAUCAUAUGUGUUGUCAUCAUUCCUUUUAAAGAGCUGCUAUUUAAAGAAAUGUUUUAAUGUUCUUUUGUUUUUGUUUUGUGUAUGGAGUUUAUUUUUCUCUCUGAUGCUUUUACAAAUGGGUCAGAGAAUGACAUCUGUCAUCCUCUGAAGCAGAUGUCACAUAUUUUGGAAGUGAGGUCGCAGUCUGACCUCCGGCCUCUAGAGGGAGACAUGCAGAGACUUGUGACAGACAUCUGUGACGAGCAUCCCAGCCCAUCCAUUGAUAAUUGCCCAUUUACUUCUCAGCUGGGAAUUGGUUUGUUUGUACCAUUUCUGGUAAAGUGCUGCCUCUCUACCGGCUCUCAUACGGAAUUAUCUGCUGGGUGUUGAAAGCUGGCAGGUGAGCAAAGCUGUCUAAUAAUGCAGGAACCGGCUGACAUGUUGUACUUGAUCACCUGGUCAUUUGAACUCUUCUUCGCCGCAAUUUUUGUCCCAUGCUACCUUUUCAUUAAAAGAGAAAAAGUCCUCAAAGUUUUUCCGAAAUGACAUAAGAUUUUGUUGGUUUAAAGUGCAAAGUAGAAUUUAUUUCUAUGAAAAAACUGGAUCCCCAACAGGAACCCGUGAGUUGUGUUUUCAUAACGCAAUAGCAUGCCAUGAUUUUCGGAUUUGAAGGUGGAUUUACACAGACAAAAUAAAAGAUUUCGUCUAUUUAGAUUGAAAAUGAGGUUUUGUCAGCCAUUCAGAAUGCCUUAUUCUGAGACCAAUAGGAGCGGUUUUAACUAAUAUUUCAAUUAAAUAUAAUCAACAUUUAGGUUUAACAUUUAACAAAACUACCGGUACAUGUUUUACCAAUGGCAAAAUGAGCGCAUAUUGUAUGCUCUCAUUGAGUGUAACAAAUGAGAUCAAAAUAUGUGACGCAAAUAGUUUUAAAACAUCUUCUUGAUAUCUCAAAAAGCUCGACAAACCUUUGGACUGAUUACUGGUCAAAUACAGUAGAAUGACUUAUUUUGACUCGUUCCAGUUUUUAUCUGAUGUGAUGGAAAUUGAACACGUGAUGAUAAAAAACUAAACAAAUCUUCGCAGCCUUGUCCUGCCAUGCUGCACACAUGGCUCAGAAACCCCAUCCAACAUGGAGCCCAGCACAAGCUCCCACAGGUUGGAACCCCAGUAAAGGAAGGAUGUGUAUAUUUUAAUAAGAAUAAUUUACCUUGGUUUAUAAUUUGAUCUCUUAAAAAAAAAAAAAAUUCCCCACACACAUAAUGACUGUAGCUCAUGGUUACACUGGUUUAGAGUACCUGGAGGAGACGGGGCUUUUACUGGUAGCACUUAACUCUCCCAGUCUGUCAGAAUGCCAUCGCUUCGCCUCAAAUGUAGUGCAAUACAGCCUCAAAGCCAAUAAUCUAGACUUGAAUAAGCAAAGACGCAAUAGGGCGCCUUGUUUGAAUACUUUUUUUAUAUUGCUGAUAUAUUCUUAACAUUUUUUUGAGCACUUUUUUUUUUCCUUCUCCUUUUUAGCCAGGAAUCUAUUUUACUGUACUGGCAGAGUUUUUAAUUGAUCUGUAUUUUUCUUUUGUAAAUUGUUAUAAAAAAACCUGUCUCACACAUUUGAAGCCCCCUGAAGUGAAUAAUUGACGUUCUGAAUGCCCUUCUACUCUUAGCGUACGCGUGCCUCUUAGCAUCCUUCACUUGCCUCAGGGGGCCGAUGGCUUCAGGGGUCCCAAUUAUAUUAAAGUUACGACAAGGAACUUUGAUUCUGUGACCUUUCUGGCGGCCCUUGUGAACGUAAGUGGUGAGCGCCGCGCCGUGCUGGCUCCCAGGGGGGGGGGGGCGCUGUGCUCCUGGUCCUGCAGUGGAGUUCUUCCCCUCCAGCUGUGGCUGCCAGUUAUAGGCAGCAGCAUAUGGGUCUGUGUGUGGCCCGGUUCCUUGCAGUAAUUACAAGGAAUCCAGGGUCCAAAGAUUCAUAAUAUUGACACGUCGUCAUUUUUAACAGUUUUCUUUCAUCAAAUAUAUUUAAUUUUGAGUUCUUAACCACAGCAACACUUUUGAUACUUAAACUGUAAACAUUUCCCUCAGUCGACUAACCAGGCUGCAGCACUGCUGAGACGUGUUUGACUGUUGACCAAUCAGAUUCCAGUAUCACUGUAGGAGGUGUACGACUGUUAUCUGAUCAGAUGCCUGCCUCGUGAAGCGACUAAAGCACUCGACGCCUGCGACGUGAUGAGGCAGUGGUUCAAGACGAGACAUUAAUUGACCUUUUGUGAAAUGUUCUUUUAGAGAAACACUUUGCUGUUCCUUAUGCAACAAAGCUGCCAAGAUUCAACAAAACAAAUGCACACAGAGUGCCGAGUUGAUCGUAUAUUCACACUGACGACGACCGAAUCUGAUGGUGGUUGUACUUGUAUUGUACCUCUAUAAAGUCAAGCAUUUAUUACUUGAACUUGCAGCAUCUAACAAAACAUUGAUACGUAAAAGGAAAUGUUUCACGAUACAGCAGAUUGUUAAUCUAGUCUACAGGAAUGUGUUGUUAAAUGGGAGAUUUCCGCUGCAGCAGGUACCACCAUCUGAAAAUGUGAAGCUUUGAUUUAGGGCUUUUUAAAUUUUAUAAUUUUAUUUUUGUGUACAACUGAGCCUGACUUUGAACCUGUUCUGUAGAUGCAGUUAGGGCCGUGCUUUAAGGCUAGAGUUCUGUUGUAUAGUGUUUGAAGCCAUCGCUGUUAUCAAGAAAACGUAAUUUAUGGGCUGCAAUUACGGAAAUGAUCGACCUGCAAUCCUGCAUGUCUCCUAGGAAAUGAUGUGCGACACAAAAAUAAAGACUUUCAACCUC